ACAACAUUUUUUAAAUGUAUUUUUUUACAAUUUGUCAAAAACGCUGUCCACUCUGUGUUACAGAAUAUAAUUUUGGAAACAGAAACCUGUAUGGAGAUCAAAUGUUUCAUCGAUGAAUACAUUUGCUGAAUUUCGGCCAAAAUCUUGCUCCAUCUUUUCCCACAGCCGACCACUGGGCUUCCUGUCGUCACCACAUUUGGUAGUGGGUGGAAACGCCAACCGGAUGCUUCACAUUUAUACAUCCGGUGAAAUAUCUGGCUCAUUGUUCAAUCUGUGUUUGGAUCACCUGUCAGGGAGCUAGCUUUAGGAGGUUAGCUUCUCCAUACCCACUUGCCCAGACACGGGAGUGGCAUUUUGGCAAUGGAUUCGCUUUUGAAUAUAAGCGCCUUAUAUGUCUCAAUCUAUGCGGACAGAUACCUCAGUAACUUCAUGGCUUUACCUGCGGGCAUAAAAGACACGCUGCUACGAAUCAUGUCAUCACAGGGCACGGUGACCGACCUAAACAUCAGCCAGAACCAACUCCUGCACACUUCCUACUGUGUUUGCCCUCAGCUGAUGCAUCUUGGGACACACAAGCUGGACAUGGUGAACUGCAGAGUGUCUGACUCCGCCCUGCAACAGAUCCGCUGUCCGCAGCUCCGGAUGAUCCUUCUACGGGGCCACCCCAGCAUCACCUCAGAUGGUGUGAGGGCCCUGGCGGCCUCCUGCCCAGGCCUGCAGGUCGUGGACCUGACUGAGUGUGCUGCAGUGACCGAUGAAGGGGUCCUGGCGCUGGCCCACGGCUGCAGUUCGCUGGAGGUCCUCUCCCUCUGGGGCUGCUCUGCUGUGGGAGACGCCGCCCUGCUGGCACUGGCAGGAAACUGCAGGCUUCUCCAUAGCCUCAAUCUCUCGGGAACCCAGGUUACAGAUGAGGGUAUCAUUGGGCUGGCUACUGCACCGUGCUCUAAUAGUUUGAAGGAACUCCAGUUGGCCCGAUGUCGUAACCUGACAGGCAAGGCAGUGAGGGCUGUCCUUACAAACUGCCCCAACGUCCGAAUCUUUACCUUCGACGGAUGUCCUCUCAUCACUGAUCAAGAGGCCCUGCAUAACCUUUUAGACCCAGAUAAGUUCCAACAGGUGUCAUGGACAGUGUACUGAGGGAAAAGUUACCCAUAAAUGCAGACCUAGGAACAGAUUACCCUACCCACAAUCCUUAACCUACCCAUUAGAUUAUCUGACCCUGGAUCAAGGCGUUAGGAGCAACUUGUACUUACUCCAAGGGAGCACUGAAGAGGAUGACAGGAGGAGGGAUGGAAAGAAUAGACACACCAACUCCUUAAAAUUAUCGAAGCUUCUGGGACCAAAGUGACUGAGCUAGGCUAAUGGUUGUUAUUUACAGUCCGGUCUCAGUAAAUCUUAGCUUUGUAGUGUGAUUAUCAUCAGUAACAGUGGUUGAAGAUCAAACCUUGAUAGUUAGUUGGAUGUGCUGCUCAGUGUUGUAUUCUCUGUCAAUUUUUGCAAUUUAUACACAGAAAAACAUUUCAUAUUUAUUUAUUCUCUAACAUUUAUUUUUUGUAAAUGCACUUAGGACAUUCUUUUCACUGUACUUCAUUUGAGAUGUACUUGCUGUAAUCUGGUUGUUUGCACGCAGCACCCUGUCCUUGAUUUAGAAAUUGUUACUCAGUUUUUGUUGUAAAAAGUAGUGAUACAAUCUUACAUUUGGAAAUAAAUAAUAUGUUGGA